GACGCGGUGUAGUAAGAUCUGAAGCCAACUUUUGAAGACUCGAUUUGGACAUUUAUCGACUGAACCACGGUUACCUAUUUGCUAACUGGAUCCUUUCCAAAGUGGUAGAUAGGGCCCUGCUUUAACAAGCCUCUUGGAUUAAGAGAAUUAACCCGUGCUACAUUUAGUUGGGGUAGCGAUGCCGGAGGUGCGUCACAAGAAAACACCAAAUCACGACUGACAAGGAGUUUAAACAUUAAUAAUGAACCAUACGAAUCCAGAGAACUGUGACCCAAACCUACCAGCCAUCCAAUUUGUCAUAUUCAAUCUCCUUCAAGGUCUUUCAGGAUUUUUUUCAAUAUUUGGAAAUGCAAUCGUUCUAUUUUCUAUCACAAGAACAAAAAGCUUACAGACUGUGUCGAAUUUCUACAUCGUAUCAUUAGCAAUAGCAGAUCUUUUGGUUGGUUUGCUUAUGAGUCCUAUAUACAUAGGUCUUACUUUUCUCAGAGCUUGGCCAGAUUCCAAUAACCCUCUGUACAAGCUUGAAAAUUUCUUUUGGAUUCAAACUCUGGUAGCCACGACGUUUAGUCUCGUUGCUGUCAGUAUUGACAGAUAUCUUGCUAUUACAUCAGUAUUUAGAUAUCAUUUCAUCAUGACUAAACAAAAAACCAAAUGCAUUAUUAUCCUGUUGUGGACGGCAUCUUUCAGUCUUGCUUUGCCAACAUUAUUGGUUUCCAGUUCAAAGGAAGCUUCGGUGUUAUGGGUUACAUGUCAAGUCUUCACCAUGGUCAUUCCUCUAUUGAUAAUCGUGUUCUGCUAUUGCCACAUAUUCAAAGCUGCAAGGAUACAAAUCAAACACAUAGCCAGUACAAUCCGAACGCAACAAAACGUAGAAGCAAUUAAAAACAGAAAGGCUGCAACAACCAUGGCCAUUGUUAUAGGCGUCUUUGUCAUGAUGUAUUUCCCAAAUUUCGUAUUUUCGUGGGUCGAAUUCGCAACAAAAGGACAUUGCAAGAAAAUGCUGAUUUACAGAGAUUGGUUGUGGGCCAUUCUUUUAGCAUUUGGUAAUUCAGCUUGUAAUCCGUGGAUAUACGCGCUACGAAUGAACGACUUUAAAUUAGCCUUUCGCCGUAUUCUAUGGGGUAGACACAAUAACUUCGUAUUACCCUGUAGCGAUUCUAAUGUAUCACGUUGAUCGUUGAUACCGGUAUGCCUCGUGUCGAUUCUAAUGUACCCUGUUGAUGCCCGUAUCGUCGUGUCGAUUCUGAUGUAUCCUAUUGACACCAGUGUGCCUCGUGUCGAUUCUAAUGUACCCUGUUGAUACCCGUGUGCCUCGUGUCGAUUCUGAUGCCGGUAUACCUCGUUGCCAUGUAUAUAAAGGAUAUUAUGAAUCUUAUAAUAACAUUCAUCGACUGGUUUUGAAUUUACGACUGUUUUAUUUAUCAUACUAAAACAAUUCCCAAAUUACAGCUCAUGGCAAACAUUGGUCAAUCCAAUAUUCAAGUUUAUUAUAUGACCGUGAAUCUUAGAGCCUGGACACUAGCAAAUCGAGCAAUCUGAUUGGAUAGAUCGUCUAGAUUCUCCGGUAUUAACCGAUCGCAUAUUAAU